GAUUCUCGGUCCAGUUACACUGAAGUGAAUUUGGAAAUGACGGUUGUGGCAUCCUGUGUCGGGGUUUUACUAUUGUUCGCUUGGUUUACCCCAAGCAAAGCUCUGUACUUCCACAUUGGAGAGACGGAGAAGAAAUGUUUCAUAGAAGAAAUUCCCGAUGAGACGAUGGUGAUAGGCAAAUACAGAACGCAGCUAUGGGACAAACAGACAGGGUCGUUCCUUCCCGCCACCCCUGGCUUGGGUAUGCAUGUUGAGAUCAAAGAUCCUGACACCAAGGUGAUUCUGUCUCGUCAGUAUGGUUCAGAUGGCCGCUUCACUUUCACCUCCCACACGCCAGGCGAGCAUCAGAUCUGCCUGCAUUCCAACUCCACUAAGAUGGCUCUUUUUGCUGGAGGAAAACUGAGAGUACACCUGGACAUCCAGGUGGGCGAACACACCAACAACUACCCGGAGAUAGCGGCCAAAGAUAAGCUGACAGAGCUUCAGCUGAGAGUGAGGCAACUCCUGGACCAGGUGGAGCAGAUACAGAAAGAACAGAACUACCAGCGGUAUCGUGAGGAGCGCUUCCGUAUGACGAGUGAGAGCACAAACCAACGUGUCCUCUGGUGGUCCAUCGCUCAGACCGUCAUCCUCAUCAUCACUGCCAUCUGGCAGAUGCGCCACCUCAAGAGCUUCUUUGAAGCCAAAAAGUUGGUGUAGAUCCUUCCAGAGAGGAAAAAGACUGCUAGAUGAAACCAGACAUUCUCACUGACCAACCUACCAAUAUACCCUGACUAGUCCAGUUUUGUUAUACACUGUAUAUGUAGGACCUUAUGUUUGUGUUACACUAAAAAAAACCCCCACCUUGGGUGAUUAACUGAAGAUUUUCAGGCUAUUCCAGCUUGGACAUUUUGUAUGCAGACAGUUGUUUGUUUUGGCUUUUCCGUUUAAAGUGGCAACAGAUGCCGUACUUCUUUUCAAUGGAGUUUUUCCUAUUUUUUGUGACCCUGAUUAAGAGCAAAAACUUGAACAGAUGAUAUUUUAUUCCGUACUUGUCGUUCAGUUCCAUGUGAACCAGAUUAAAUGAACAUAGAUAAAAUACAUGGGUGUGACCAAGGUACUCGAUAAGUUACUGAGUUACACCAGAGAUUAAAGGAGCUUUGGUUACAGAGGCACUCUGUAGGCUGUGUGGCCACCUUCUGCUCAGUGUGGAAUCUUAAGACUAAUUUCCAGUAAAAGACAAAAGCACGAUGCAGAUGCGUCCAAGUUAUAAAUGACUUCACACGGGAACAGCUUCUUGAAUGGAGUGUAAACUUUCAGCCGAGCGUUACUGUGUUUAAGACAGCGUGAGAGCGUGGCCUAGCGUUUUUUGCAGUAUUGGCAGCUUGUUGCAGAUAAAUGCAUGAGACUUGCUGUAAAUCUGAGAUUGUGUAAUUCAGUUUGACAUCUUGUCAUUCUGCUGAGCAGAUGUCAUCUUUUUUUUUGAUGUUUGAAAGUUGUGUGUAUAUAUUGUUUGAGUACCAUCUAUUGUACAUAAUCCAGUAAUGUAAUGGACUUCACCAUGAUAUAAUUCAAAGUACUUCAACAGGUAGUAAAAAAAAUGUUCAGUCUAACGUGAAUACAGUACUUGUAAUUCUAAGUCAGGCCCAGUAACAGCUUAAAGUUUGAUUCACUUAUUGCAAGAGGUGCAAUAAAAUUGUCAAUCAAUUAAAUCAUCAAUAAUUGCCAAUCAUUCUAAUUGUUAGCAUCAUAGGAUUUCUAUUUGAUAUACUUGAAACUCAAGAAAACUUGUAGACAUGCAGUUUUAUAAAUAUUUUCUACGCAAGGAAAAAUGUCUGAGACAGUAAAACGGUUAUCAAGACACUGAACCAGUCUGACAUCAGACAUGUUAUGGUAGUAGCUCAGAUAUUAUAGGUCCACGAUGACAUGUUCUUGGAAUUCAAUUCUUGGAUUUGAAUUGCACUCAAGAAGGGAUUUAUUUGCUGUUGCCCCGUCAGUGCACAUAAGCAGCAACAACAAAUAAUACUGUUUUUAAAUGCAUGAAAGUCACAGUCCAUCUUACUUUGCCUGAUUCUGGUUAAUUUUCUGUUUCCUGUUUUGAUUUGUUCUGUUACAAAAAUUCUCAUUUGGAUUAUGCAGGAUUUGUACAAUUUUCAUCCAGAUUAAAAUGUUUUGUUGUA